UAACUCACAUGUUGUAGGCUAGCCUAAAAAAUAAUAAACAAAAAAAUUAAUUUGUUUACUUGUAAUAAAUAAUAAUUGUUUGUUAAUUAUUAAAUUUAAUAAAAUGUCAGACGAUAGUGAAAUGGAGGUGAAUAACGAGACAACAAAUGUUGAAGAUGAAAAAGAAAAAAAAACAUCUAAAAAUCAUUUGUUAGUUAAUGAAAAAAGAAAAAAACGUGGAAUUGUUUAUUUGUCAUCGAUACCAAGAUUUAUGAAUGUUACUAAAGUUAGAGAAAUAUUUUCAGAAUAUGGAAAAAUUGAUCGUGUUUAUUUACAGCUUGCUCCAACAGAAAUUGAACAAAAAGGAGAAAAAAAAAUUAAAAAAAAAAAAAAGGUUGCAUCGAAACAUUUUACUGAAGGAUGGGUAGAAUUUGAAAGUAAAAAAAUUGCAAAACAUGUAGCAGCAACACUAAAUAAUACCCAAAUAUCAUCAAGAAAAAAAAGUAAAUUUUACGAUGUUAUGUGGAACAUAAAAUAUCUUCCAAGAUUCAAAUGGCUUCACUUGACUGAACGAUUGUCCUACGAAAGAGCUGUUCGUAAACAACGUAUAUCAGCUGAAAUUGCACAGGUUAAAAGAGAAGUUAAUUUCUUUGCUCAAAAUAUCGACAGUAGUAAAAAAAUUCUUGCCAAGCAACAACAAAAAGGUAUUGAUGCAAAUUUCAUUGCACCAGAAAUUAAACAACGUGAUACUGAUGACAAUAUUAGAAAAAAGAAAAAACAAAUUAACAAAGAAGAUACACCAUCAGAAUUUUUAUCAUCAUUAUUUUAAAUAAAAUAUAUUAAUCAAU